UAUGGCGGAAAAAUAAUGUCUCGAGGUAGUUUGAUUUAGAUUCAAUGCUCUCCAAAUUUAUUGAACAUUUAGUAGAUGGAGAUGGAUUUUUUUUAUUGCAGAGGACCAAUGAUCGGUGAACUAAGGUUUGCAAAGUAAUAGUGAUCAGUUAGGGUUAAUGAUGGCAGAAAAGAGAGAUCGUGAAGGAAAGAUAGAAAAUGCUGGACAUGUUAUUAAAAGAAAACGGUUGGAGGCAAAUAAUUUGGCUGUCACCAGUACCCACAUUUCUGAGGGCAAAUGUAAUACAUUUACGUCUGACAUAAGCGAGCAUCUGUCUGGACAUACAGAGCAACCUUUGACUACUGAUCCGUUAUAAGAUUUAACAGACACACAUCGUGCCGUCCUCUUUACUCUGUGUCUGUGUUGUGGUGUCAAUGGUUUUAUUCAUGUGGAUGACGACGUGUCAAUGGGAGACAUUGAUGUCUGGAAGAUAAUGGCAGAGCUGAGUGAGUUAGGGCUCAUCGGAAAUUUGCAUUCAGAUCGUACCAGACGCGGGUAUCCCAUCCUAAUUUGGGAUCAUUAUAAGAUAAUGACAGAAUCUUACAGAAAGCACUGUCUGCUGAGUGACAUAGACAAAGACUUCUUGAUAAAUGUGGCAUCAGACAAAGCCUUAUAUUGUUAUAUAGCUGAGACCCAUUUCUUCAAGGGAGAUGUUAUCUAGACCACAAAACAAUAGUUCUAUAGCGUUAAUGAGACUAAUGGCGGCGGGGAAGAUGGACGCAAUGCUAAAAAUUAUGACAUAUGGGGAAGAUAGACUAGACAGGGAUUACAGAAAAGCGGGAAUAAUCCCAAUUCAAUUAAUCAAAGAUUCGGAAGACUUUGGCAAAUUUUGGCACAGCCAUUGUAUCCGCAGAAGCAUACAUCCCACGGAUUGGUCUAAUGAAAUUUGUGAUAGAGAAGUCAAAAGAUAUUUUUCAGCAUACACAAUCCUUUCUGGAUCCGAUGAAGAAUUGUUGGAAUUAGGCUUAAACAAGCAAAAAUGGAGUAUACUUGUACUGAUUUUGAUGUCAGAGAAGUACACAGUAUUAUAUGAAAAGGAAUUAUUGAAAGAGAAGGUCGGACGAAUGCAAGAAACAUUUUCAUCACUGGAUGGUUCCGAUAACGGCAUAUCCGAUAAUAUGUCGCUUAUUCAAGAUAUGAUACACAAGGAUGGAAUACUAAUAAUGAUUAGAGGAGAAACAUUGGAGUUUAAAUCAAAAGAUAUCCGUCACAUUGUUAUGGGAUAUUUUGUUUUGAAUUGUUUGAAAUCUGAUGAUGACUAUAAGAACUAUUUAAAAUUAUCAUCAUUUGACUCGGUGUUUGAUUAUGUCCGUACUUUAGAUUAUGAACAUGAUAAAGGAGGAAGAUAUCUAUACUUACCGAUAGAGAUGGAGGAGACCUUGGUAAGAGAGUCCGGAAUCGACAUCUUACGACACGUCAUAGUGACAGAAACAAGGAUAAGAUAUCAUGUGAUCCAUAUUUUAAAUAUUCCUGAUGAAAUCUUUUUGUGGGAUAAUGAAGCAAGAUGCAGGUACAUAGAGUGUGCAAAGAAAGGGACACAGACGAUCCAUAGGGCCCGUGCUAUGAUUGUUGGUUGUGCUGGAGCUGGAAAAACUACCCUACUAAAACGACUACAAAAGAGACCUCUUGAUGAAUUACAACAGGUUCAAUCUACAAUAGGCCUAGUUGUACAUGAGGAUAUCUUUGAAAUUUUAGACGAAAAUCAGAUUUUAAAAGAUGUGGCCGAUGGAACAGAUAAGGAAGGGAAGCAACUUUUGAGUGUAAUGGAUUUUGGAGGACAGUGUGCAUAUUACGCCUGUCACCAGGUGUAUCUCAGCAGAAGGGCAUUCUAUCUACUGGUGAUUGAUAUGUCUAAGUCAUUUGAUGAAAAAGUCGACUCAGCACUGUGUGAACAGGAAGGAAUAAUAUUUGCAGAUUGGACCUAUGGGGGGUACAUCCUCUUUUGGCUGAAAUCUAUCCACACCUAUUGUGAUAGUAAUGCCCCAGUUGUCAUCGUUGGAUCUCAUUUUGACAAAGUCAAAGGACAGAAUUCUGAUACCUUCUACAACAAAAUACUGGAUCACCUGCAGUUCAACAAACACUUGAAGGGACACUUAAACAGGAAGAGGUGCUUCGUUCUUGGUUUCCAUGCAGACGGUGACUCUUUUAAUGAUACAUUUUCAGACUUAGAAAAGUGUAUUAUUGAAAUUACAAGAGAAGAAAGAUGGAAAGAAAGCAUUCCCACUGACUGGGCUUUAUGUGAAGUUGUUUUUCGAGAAUUGAGAAAAAACAGGUUUAGAAUAAUGUCAGUCAACCAAUUAUACGAGGUUUGCUUCAAUAGAAAUAAAGCAAAAUGUGCACAAAUGGAAGACAUCCUGAAAUUUUACCAUGAUAUAGGGGUCAUUCUGAACUUUAAUGAAGGUGCACUGUCUGCCACAGUGAUUUUGGAUAUCCAGUGGUUUGUUGAUUCCUUCAAGAACAUAAUUACUGAUCCAAACCACAUCAGGGAUGUUGCAGAAAACAGUUGUGAUUUGAAUGACUUUUACAAAAGCGGUCAUAUUUUAGAUAGACUUUUGACAAACAUAUGGAGAUUAAGACACUUCGAACCAAAUGUCUGGAAUAGAUAUCAGCACAAGGAAGAUCUCCUUCGAUAUAUGGAACGUCUAGGUUUGAUUUCUGUCGGUACAGUUGCUCAUUAUAUCCCUUGCAUGAAUAAGCGCACAUUUGGAAGCGCUGAGGAAAACUUCUUCAACUCUUUAGAAUAUAAAACGCCUGUGUUGGUCUUUCGGUUUGAAUUCUUACCAUAUUUUUUCUACUUUCGUCUUAUCGUUUCCUGCUUGGCAAGGACCAACACGGAAUGGAGAGUUUUAGAAGAUAGUGGACUUUGCCUGUACAAAAAUGUUGCUUGUUUUGCUUAUAAGCAGCAUGCUGUCGCUCUGGCAGUGAACACCUCCUCCAUACAACUACAGGUUUUUCAACCUACAAAUACCCCGGUUACCAAAAAAGUUGUUUUGGAAGUUCGAAAAACAGUCGAACGCUUAUUAGAUGAUUUGCUGAAGAUUUUUCACAAAAAAAUCGACAUGUAUACUGUUGGGUUCCAGUGUUCGAAACAGGAAGUAUUUCAUGAACAUGACGAUUGUUUUGUUAAAGAAAAAGAGUUAAUAUCAAAAGGCUCUAUGGGUUGCCCCAGACAUGAAUUGAUUAACAGCCACAUACUAAAUGAUUCGGCUCUUCUAUUUUACUGGAACUUGGAUGUUCUUGCAGAGUCAACAGACCCAGACGCUCUAGUUGAAAAGGGGGCUUUUAGGAAUCUUCCAGAAGCCGAAAUGAGAAUAUAUAGAUUCCAGUGUUUUGAAAAAUUCACAAAGCUGGGCAGAGAAGCUCUCCAGAGAUACUUUGACAAAGUCUUUCCUCCGGCAGAGCUAUUUAUGUUACUUCAAAAGGAGAAAAAUAACUUACGUAGACAGCUUGAUACAGACCAAUGUGAUCAACUGUUUCCAGUAGAUAAAUCGAUUCCAACCUCUACUGUAUUCGAUGUGCCCAUUAUGUACAAACUGUUGAGGAACUACGGACCAAACCUUCCUACCCCGACCAAAGGCUGGGGGAAAACACCGGAAGCGGGACAAAAAUCUCCAACCAAUGACGUAGAGAGGAUCCGAUUUUAUAGGAACGAGGCUAAACAUAAAACUCCGGCAACCAGUGUCAUGGAGAAAGAGGACUGUCGCGAGAAGUGGAGAGAUUUAUGUCAGGCAAUACUACGACUCAGCGAGGGAAGCCUGGAACAAGAUAUUAUGGACCUGAGGCACCAAGACUGAGAAAGUGAUGACGUCAUGUCACGUUUAUAACAGAUAUUUACUUCACCAUCAGACGUU